AAAAAAUGACCAACAUAACUGCUGAUGGCAAUUCACCCACUCCAAAUGAUAUUGAGGCUAUUUUUAAACGACUUAGGAUUCAACCAGCAAAUAAGGUUUGUUUCGAUUGUGGUGCGCGUAAUCCAACAUGGUCAUCUGUUACCUAUGGCGUCUUUAUCUGUAUUGAUUGUUCAUCCGUGCAUCGAAAUUUAGGUGUACAUCUUUCUUUUGUUCGUUCGACUAAUUUGGAUACAAAUUGGUCUUGGGUACAACUUAGAGCAAUGCAAGUUGGAGGAAACGCUGAUGCUAUUCAAUUCUUCAAGCAACAUGGCUGUGAAUCGAGUGAUUCCCAAAUAAAAUAUAAUAGCCGUGCUGCUUCUCUUUAUAAGCAUCGAAUUACCGAUUUGGCAACAAAAGCGCAACAACAGGCUAAUACCAAUUUAUUUUUUGAUGAGCACCAAAGAGCCCCAUUACUCAAAAGUGAGUCUUCGGAGGAACGAGAUUUCUUUGGACAACCAACGAAUGAAGAUAAUAAUCAAAAAAGGGACGAAUUAUUUAAAGAAGCAUCCCUUUCUGAAAUUCCUCAUGCACCGAUGGUGCAGAAGAAGAAAAUAACUCUUGGCCAGAAAAAAGGAGGCGGUUUAGGUGCUCAACGAAUAAGAAUGAAUUUUACUGAUGUUGAACAAAAAGCAAAUGAAUUUGACAAAGCACAAUUUGACCGACUGCAAAUGCAACAGACACAACAUACAAAAGAUGAUAUUAAAUCUAGUGGAGAUGAUAACCUGCAUUCACUUUCUUCUAAAUUCAUUAUGCAAAGCAUUUCUGACAAAAAGAAGGAAGCAAUUGCCGACCCAAAGAAGGCUGAACAAGCCGAACGUUUGGGACUUUGUGGUCGAAAUGUGGGCAGUGGAAGCAUUAGUCACUCUAUUACUGGUGGAAUACGUACUAUUCAACAAGAAGAUGUUUUUGGUUCAAAAUCGAGAAAAGGUCGUGAUAUGUCUUAUGCUGGAAGCGGCAAAAUUUCUGAUGAAUGGGAAGUUAUUGAAAGCAAAGGAAAUAAAUUCGGUACAAAAACAGCUUUAAGUUCAGGCUUUGAAGAAGAUGAAGGAAAUGAAGAAUUUUUUGAUGCUUGGGACAAAACGUCUUCACAGAAAAAUGAUGGGGCGAGUGAUUUAUUCCAACAAAAGUCAAAGAGAAAGUCACCAUCUCCUGUACCCCUUGUAGUAACCAAAUCUCCAGCGAAUGCUCGCAAUGUUGGGAAUAAUAAUGGCGGGGGUGAUGAGGCAGUAAAGAAGUUUAAUAAAGCAAAAGCUAUUAGUUCUGAUCAAUUUUUUGGACGAACAGGAGAAAUGGAUAUGGAUACUCGUGCAAAUCUAAGUCGUUUUGAGGGGCAAAAUUCAAUUGGAAGUGCUGAUCUUUUUGGUAAUUCUAAAGGGGGGCAACAACAAACUACACGUGGAUGGUCUACUUAUUCUGAACAAAUACCUGAAAUGUCUGAUAUAAAAGAUUCUGUAGUUCAGGGUAUGAGCAAAAUGACAGAAAAGCUAUCAGGGUUAAGCAGUUCAGUUAGUUCUUAUCUUUCGGUCAGUUUUAUUAAAUUUUUUUAAAUAUAUAUUUUGUGGUAUUUCUCUUCUCUUUUUUUAAUAAAAAUCUUUGGGUCUCGAUUUUUUAAGCAAUUUUUCUAAAAUAUUUUCAUUAAUUUAUUUUCUCAAAAUCUUAAAUAUUUUUAUUUUCCACAAAUUAAACAAGAAAAUAUUGCUUUUAGAAAACCCCAACAAAGGGCUGAUCAAAAGGCAAGUAUGUCACUGAUUAUUUUUUUGAAUUUAAUUUCUUUUCUCUAUUUUCUUUUAUCCUUUCGAUUCUUUGUUUUUUUUUGUUUUUUUUUUCCAUUUCUUUUUCAAUUUUUGUUUUUAAAUUUU